UAGAGAAGAGAUGGAAGAUAUGAGAUUGGAUUGUAUAAAUGAGGAUCUUGACAUGCAUAACAAGACAGAAGACAGAAGGCAGAAGGCAUUGUACAUAUAUAUGCCUUGGCCGGAGUCAGCUAGGUCCUUGGAACAUAAGUAAUGUUUAUAUUUUCUUAACUACUCUGCCGGCAUGUGUAAAAAUCACAUGUGAAGCUAUUAAACUAAAACCACUUCAUUGUUAUUUCCUUUCCCUAUGGCUGGGUUUUUCCAUCAAUUUCAUAGGAAACUCCACCUCUCUCUCUUUCUUUCUCUCUCUCAUCUAUCUAUUUAUAUAUAUAUAGAAACAGAUGAAGAUAGAGUCCAUUGUGAGGAAAAAAGACUCUUUCAACUCAACUUUACACCCUUCCAAUGGCCUCCUCAGGCCUCUGCAGAUGCCUAAUUGCAUCCAUAACAUUGCUUUCAUUUUUUAUCAGCACAAUCAAUGGCAUUGAUAUUUAUCUAGAGUGGAUUGUUUCCAUUGACCUGACCGAUCCCAUAUCACUUGGUCAGCCUGUUAUCAGCAUUAAUGGGAUGUUCCCAGGGCCACUCAUCAAUGCCACAACCAAUGACUUUGUUCAUGUGAAUGUCUUCAACAAUCUAGAUGAGCCCUUACUCAUCUCAUGGAAUGGCAUACAACAGAGGUUAAACUCAUGGCAAGACGGAGUGUCCGGCACAAACUGCCCUAUCAAACCCAGCAGCAACUGGACAUAUGUGUUCCAGACCAAAGAUCAGAUAGGCAGUUUCUUCUACUUCCCCUCCCUCAACUUCCAGAAAGCUGCUGGAGGAUUCGGACCCAUUCGAGUCAACAACCGAGAAGUCAUCAAUGUCCCCUUUCCCAAACCCGAAGCCGAGUUUGACCUUCUCAUUAGUGAUUGGUUUUACUCUGAUUACAAGGUAGUUAGGAAACUGAUGCAAGACAAGUUUCUGUUCAUUGGUAACAUCCCUGAUGCAGUCCUGAUGAAUGGCAAAGGCCCGUACCAUCCCCAAGUCAAGAGCCCCUAUCAGUCCUUCAAAGUCACACAAGGGAAGACAUACAGAUUCAGGAUAUCAAAUGUGGGGACUGCAAUGAGCAUCAACUUCAGGGUUCAGAACCAUCAGAUGGUGCUGGUUGAAACAGAAGGGUCUUACACCAAUCAGAUCACAUUGGACUCUCUUGAUGUGCAUGUUGGCCAAUCCUACUCUGUUCUUGUCACAGCCAAUCAAGAUGUAGCUGAUUAUUACAUAGUAGCCUCUCCAAAACUGCUCAGGUCAGUUAAUAGCAGCACUCUUGUUGCCACAGGGGUGUUGAGCUAUGCCAAUUCUGUCAAACCUGCUAGUGGACCUCUUCCCACUGGACCUGAUCCAUUUGAUGUAGAUUUUUCAGUGAAACAAGCUAAGUCUAUCAGGUGGAACAUGACAGCAGGAGCUGCAAGGCCUAACCCACAAGGAACCUUCAAUGUAACGAAUGUGACCUUAUCCCAGACCUUCAUUCUCCAAGGAUCAAUGGGUGAAAUCGAAGGCGUACAGCGCUAUGUGGUCAACAAUGUGUCUUAUCUUACUCCAGAGACCCCAUUGAAGCUUGCUGAUUACUUUGUCAAUGGCUCUAAUGUGUACCAACUUGAUGCAUUUCCAACCCAUUCGGUCAAUGAUGCAGCUUCCUAUGGAGUCUCUGUUGUAACUGGUGUCCACAAAGGGUGGCUAGAAAUUGUGUUCAAGAAUGAUUUGGAUGUUAUGGAUGCUUGGCAUUUGGAUGGCUUUGGAUUCUAUGUAGUUGGGUUUGGCAAUGGAGAAUGGACGCCAGAAUCGCGCAGAACUUACAACCUCUUGGAUCCGGUGGUUCGUUCAACAAUCCAAGUGUACCCUGAAGGGUGGAGUGCAGUGUAUGCAUUUCUCGACAACCCAGGAAUGUGGAAUCUGAGAUCACAACACUUGAAGCACUGGUACAUGGGCCAAGAACUCUACAUUAGGGUUCAUGACGAUGAUCCCAACCCCGCCAAGGAGCGACCGCCACCUAACAACCUCCUUCGUUGUGGAAUAUUUGACCAUUAUUUUGCUCCGGCGAGUGCACCAGCUCCCCAAGCUGGAUGGUGAUGAGAAACAAUGCUAUAGUCAUGUGAUAAUUGCUAAUUUUGAUGGUAUAUGGAUUUAAAUGCUAACUUUUCUAGCUUUUCUAUGGCCUUGGUCUAUAUUGUAAUAAUGGGAAAGUAUUUCUGUAUGGGAUAAGGGAUACGAGUUUUUGGUCACCAUGUUUUUCUUUUGAUUCUUGCAAAUUUUCUUGUAUUUGGGAGGGAGGUGUUGAAUAUUUCAA